GAUUCUUACGCCGCCAUUUUUUACACAGAAUGCGAUAGGAACAUGCCGAUUUCGACGGAAUGCAAAGUGAUACAUACUGAAACGUGUACUUAAAGAAAAGUUGAUGGAAUUAUACCAGAAUCAUUACGUGAGCACAUUGAUUCACCCCUUAAAUUACAAAAUAACAAUAUAAAUGUAAAAAAACUUUAUGUUCCUCCGGAAAUGGUAGUGGAAGUGAAAAUAGACAGAAGUGCACCAAACCCGGUAGAAAAUUUACAGAACAAACUAAAUACCAAAACUUUGACGGGAUAUCGAGAAAUACUACAAACCAAUGGUCAAAAGCACAAACAAAUCUACAUUGUGGGUGAUGUUGGGACAGGAAAAAGCAUUUUUUGCAAAAUGAUUGGUGUUCAGCGAUAACAGAGGAAAGACCUAUUACUGCUGAUAACGACAAAUUGAAAGACCAUCACAAGUCUGCAGUAAGUGAAAAGAAUGUCGACCCUGUCAGUGAUAAGGAUUACACCCUUGUCAGUGACAAAGAGUCCGUCCCAGUCAGCUACAAAUAUGUCGACACUUUCAGCAACAAGGAUGACGAUAUAACUGCAGAUAGUGAAAACAUCAACGAAAUGAAAAACUUUUCUUUUCUUUUCUUUGUGCCUUUACAGAGAAUGUCACGACAAAGCGACAUUACUGAAAUGAUCAAAGCGACUGCAACAAUAGUUAAUCUUGCAUCAACUGACCUAAUAGAUAGAAUAUUUCAGCAAAAAUCGGAACGUUGUCUUAUUGUGGCAAAUGGCUUGGAUGAAUGGACUCCAUCGAGGACUAAAUCUGUUUUACAACAUGUCAGUUAUGGUUUAACAAAAAGAGACGGUGCAAAACACGCAACUGUAGUAACAUUUUCUCGACCGUCAGCUAAAGGAGUUCUCAACAUGAAGUGUUCGGAAUGUGAUCAAAAAGUAGAAUUGUUAGGAAUAAAAAGUGGAUCUGUUAUAUGUUUUAUUGACAAAUACCUGUCAAAAUUCAGCAACACAGAUCUAUCUUAUUUGGCAUUCAUGGAAAAUAUGAAAUUGCCGAAACUUGAACAUCUAGAGAAAACACCCCUGCUUUUGCAACAACUUGUAUGGUUAUAUGGCUUCGGUUAUGAAAUUGGAAAAUCAGUCAGCGGUACAUACAGCCAUCUUGUAAAUAUCAUGCUUGGUUGCUCACAGAACAAAGAAGAGGGAAAAGAUUUGGAACAAGGUGAAAUUGGCGUACUAAAACAAGACAGACAACAGCUUACCAGACUAUUAUGUAGAUUUCCAAAAUGUGAAGCGAAAAAGCAUAUUAUACUUUCGCUGGCUAGCGUUGCAUUUGAAGCUUUGACUUCAAAAACUACAUCAAACACAUUCGGUCGACCCUAUAUCGAAACACGUGGUGUGCCAGAAGACGCAAUAACUUUACUCAUUAAGUUUGGUAUUCUGACUGAAGAGAAUUGUUUUGAUCCAACAUAUGACACUACUAGGUUGGAAUUCAUCCAACUAUCUUAUCUUGAAUUUUUCGCAGCUGUACAUGUGUCUAGUCAGUAUAACAAAGAUCAGUGCUCAAUACAUCAAGUGACUGUUUUGGAAGACCUAUUUCGAAAUUGUAAAUCAGCUGCCGACAUACUGCAGUUAUCAAACGUUCUUAAAAUGAUGUGUGGAUUAUCUCCAUACAUAACAUCAGAAUUGUUAAAAAUAAUUUCAGAUAUUAUAUCCAGAGAUGAAAGUAUGAUAACAAUUAGAAACCCUUUAAAACUGAAUGUGUGGUGCAGUCCAAGCCAGGAACUUGAACAGAUUCAGCGUCUUAUGAUCGACUGUCUAUCAGAGGGAGAUUCCGAUGAUCAACCAAUGAUCAGUCUUUGUGACGUUAUCAUAGACGAAGAUACAGAGAAUUCCUUUCUACAAAGAAUAAUACCGGAGAAUGGGUUAUUUCUUUAUGCUAAUAAGAUUUCUGGUGGAAAAGUAAUUAGGUGGUUAGUACGACUGAAACGUCUACAAUAUCUGUACAUUGAUUCUACGCGGUUAUCUCAUAAUGAGAUGGUGUUGUUAUUUUCAUUUAUACAAGAAACACCUUUAAGGCGUCUUUCAUUGUUCAAAGUAUUUUGCACCCAGCUUUUAUAUUGUGAAGACCAUGCCAUUGAUCUUUCUAAACAUGAUCAACUUCAGGUAUUUGAGCUCAUAAAAUGUCACCGGGUGGUAAUUCCUAAAAUUAAUGCAAAACAUCUUGAGAUAUUACGGUUGGGUUCAUCCUUGGAAUUAGAUACUGUUCUUUUGUUAUAUGGCAGCCAAUAUCCGGAACUUUACAGUGAUCUUAAUUAUUUUCUUAGAUUUACAUACAACAAACAAAUGGAUACUGUGCUACAUACCUUACAUCAAUUACGGAGACUCAGAUUAGAGGAGACAGAUAUUGACACCAAUGCUCUCACUGUUACACCUGAGAUGAAAAACCUUGAACACAUUGAACUGCAAGGAGUCAUAAUGAGUCUGGAAACAUGGCGCACAUUUGUUGAUAGUCUGCUAACUCUUCACCAAUCUGUAUCUAUAGAUGUACAGGGUACGAAUGUGUGUAGUGAAAUAGACGACGAUAAAGGAAACUAUGUAAGACAGAAUAAAAUGUUUGAAAUGAUAGAAGAUAAAAGGGAGGAUUUCAAAUUAAGAACAAAGAAAUAAUUGUAACUAGCUCAGCAUUGUUGAGAACUGAAAGUGAACAUAUUACAUUGUUCAUGUCGGAAAGUAAAACCAUUAUAAUAAUUCUGACUGAAAGUGAAAACUUUACAUUAUUUCUGUUGGAAUGUGAAAACAUUACUGUAUCUUGCUGGAAGUGUAAAGACAAAUUUUCUUUUAAAAAGACAAUUUUAUUUAUCAAUAUACAUCAGAUGUUCAAAAUUCAUUAAUUUCUUUACAGUAGUGUCAUAUAAAAUUUGUGUGAUUUUAGGAUGAUGUGAUUGAUACUUGUGCACUAAUCUUCUGAAAGUUGAAUAAAAUGGAGAGACUAAAUAAUCAUAAUAAAUUUAUAAGUUCUAUAAAUUAUGUGCUGUCACGAUUUCAUUGUUUAGUUAUCAUACGUUUAAGUCUUUAAGUGUUAUAUUAAUCUAAGUUUGUCGUAUCACCGUUUUCCUCAUUCAUCAUAAUCUAUUCUAGGAUUUCUACUUUUUUCAUAACAUUGAUUAGUUUCAUUUACAGAAAAGUAUCUCAGCAAGUAAGUGGCAACUUCUCAGCAUUUGUAAGAGGUGGGAAAAUAUCUUCUAAAGCCACACACAGUGCUUGAGACGUAUCAUAUGGCAUUUUUCUGCCGUAAGAUGCCACCGUAUAAUCGAUUGAUAUUUAUUUUAAUUAUCAUAACUAUGCGACCUAUACUAAACAGUCGGCGGAGUAAAAUAUAAUUUACAUUCAGAUCAUUAUCAGUGCUUUCAUCAUCAUUCAUCAUCAACAACAGCUUCAACGUCAUUUAUUAUCAGCAACAGCUUCAUCAUCAUUAAUUAUCAGCAACAGCAUCAUCAUCUUUCAUUAUCAGAACAGUAACACCAUUCAUCAUCAUCAUCAUCAUCGGUCAUUAUCAUUUUUCAUCACCGUCAUUUAUUAUCAUUCAUCUUGAUAUUUCAAUAAUCAACACUCGUCACCAACAUUCAAUAUAAUCAUCAUUUUUCAUCAUCAUUACUAAUCAUCAAUCUUCAUCAGCAUUUGUCAUCAUCAUUGAUCACUAUUUUCGUCAUCGUCAUUCUUCAUCAUUAUUUAUAAUUAUCGUUCAUCAUUCAGUCAUCAUCAUGAUUUUUCAUCAGCCCUCCUGCUCCUCCUCAUCAUUAUUCAUCACCUUCAUCUCAGUUUUACUCAUUCAUCACUGUUAUUCAUUAUCGUCAUCAUAAUUCAUAAUUAUCAUUAUCAUUAAUCAGUAUUUACCAUCGCCGUCAAUCAUCAUCAGCAACGUUCUUCCUCAUCAUUAUCAUUCAUAAUCAUUAGUCAUCAUCAUUUUACAUCAUCCUCGUCAUUAUUCAUGACAAUAAUUAUCGACGUCAUCAUCAUCAAAC